ACAGAAUCUAUCCCGCAGACUUCAUUGGUUACUGCGCGUGGUAAACGUAAAAGAGCAAAUGAGGACUUUAGUGUUGAGUUAAACUGUUUUAAAGAGGAGAUGAAGGAGCUUAUUAUCUCAAGAACGUCGUUUCAGGAAGAUGAACUUAAAAAGAUUGCUCCAACCCUACUAGAGAUUCAGCAGUCUAAUCGCAAUAUUGAAAGCUCUAUAGCUUUCCUCAGCGCUCAGAAUGAAGAAUAUAGGAAAAAAAUUGAGAAGUUGGAACGUCAAGCACAAGAAGACAAAAAAUAUGUUACUCUUCUAGAAGAAAAGAUCGAGGACAUUCAAAAGAGCAUGAGGAAAACUUGCUUUGAAAUUAAGAAUGUGCCAAAGAAAGAUAAAGAAUCGAAAGAGGAUCUGAUUGAAAUGGUAACGAAUCUUACAAAAAACAUUGGAUGCGACGUAGAUAAAAACCAUAUUAAAGAUAUAUACAGAGUUCGAGGUAAAAAGGAUGGAGCUCGAAAUACACCAAUUAUAGUAGAAACUACCUCAACGAUUCUAAAGAAUGACAUACUCAAAAUGUCUAAAAGUUUUAACAUAAGACAUAAGACUAAGAUCUGCGCUCAGCAUCUAGGUCUGCGUAAUGGAGAAGAUGUGCCGGUAUAUGUAACAGAAAAUCUAACACCUAAAUCAGCCAGAUUAUACUUUCUAGCAAGAGAUUUGGUGAAGUCCAAGUCCUAUAAGUUUUGUUGGACAGCGUACGGUAAGGUGUACGUUAGAAAAGACGAAAACUCUGCAAUCAUCUUAAUUUCAAAUGAAUCGCAAAUUCAACCCUUAAUUAACAAAGACUGACUAUGCCAUGUUAA